GCUCAGAACGCCAUUGGUACUGUACGUAAACAAUACCAUCGCUAUAUCCAAUUGUAGACGCAUCACAAACACCAACUACAGUGGCCAUCAGGGCCAGUCUGCGACUGCCAUGUCAGGCCUGUCUAUACAGAUGGAGGGCUUGAGGCGUCAAGGCCGGCGUCAAAGCCCACAUUUUCUGUUCGAGCUGGACGAUGUCGUCUUCGACCCGGAUGAAGUUGUGGCCGAAGAUAUCCAGCCUAUAUUCCGUAAUAUGCCCAUCGACGACAUAUACCAUACUGUCGAAGAGGAGGCCGAGGCCUUGGAAGAAAACUUUAGUCAAUCGGAGUCCGACGGUGAGGAAGGUCCUUCUGAAGUAGAAGAGACGGGUAUCUCGAAGCAAGCAGAGAUGCCAGCGGAGCCGGCUAGUAGCGUUCAUGCCAGCUUGAAGUAUCUCUAUGCUGCUGUAAACAAACUGGCACCACCUGGUCGCCUGGAUGACAUCAAAAGACUUCUUGAUGAAGUCCGCCCGACGAAAUCUAAAUGGGCCAGUGAUAAUAUCGGUCAAGAGAAGUUGUACUUCGCUUUAGAGAAAGUUUUGACCGACUUAAAAGCAUAUGAGGCACACUCUACACCGUUUCUGCACCCUGUCGACGAAAAAUUAGCUCCUGACUACUACACCCUUAUCAAACAUCCCAUGGAUCUCGGCACAAUGACUGUCAAGCUAGAGCAGCAUAAAUACGAAUCCAAGGAUGAAUUCAUAUCUGAUCUCAAUCUCAUAUGGAACAACUGCCAUACUUACAAUGUCCAUCCACCGGACAACAUCUAUCGCAAGCGCGCCAGCGCAAUGCGGCGUAAAAGCACGGACUUGAUGAAAAAGGUUCCGGACAUUAAAAUCAUCAAGCUGAGUAGUGAUGAGCACGACUCCGGCGACGAAGAAGCCACGGAACAGGGUGAUGUGACCAUUGAACGGCCGUCUGCUGAGCCUGAGGACAAUACGCCUUUUGAGCAGGAUUGCCUGGACGAUAAAGCGCAGGACGGAUUGAGUCUUUCCCCCCCGCCGUCUGAGACGGUCGCACUGGCUGUCCCUGCUGAGGCGUCUCUUCCUCGCGAGCCUUUGCUCGAAAGCAUCGUUGAAGUUGCAUCUGAACCAGAGAAAGCCAAAGAGAAAAAGAUUAAAAGUGUCAAAGACGAAAAGUGGAAGAAAGUCGUCGCACCGCAUGUUCGCGAGCAAGCUGCAAAGCGAGCAGGCCUGCGACAUCGUAAGUUUGAGGACAUGCCUGCCAUCGUCCCCGACCCUGAUGCUUUGGCCCAGUCCCUCUAUGACGAACAAAGUUUUAUCCGCAAGUCUAAGACCUACGCACGCCCAUUCUCGGAGCCCGUUGGCUUCGUAAACAAGUUUGGGCCUAACGGCCUAGACCUAGCACCACUCCCGCUGACAGGGCCUAACAUACUGAAACAUGUCCGCAAGCAUCAAGUGGUAGUGCCGGUGCCAGUGACACGUCCAAGGGAACAAGAAUUAGACAAUAACGCAGAAGCGCGCGUCGGACGCACAUUCCCAACUUCGAGUCUAAAACGACGGUCAGAAGAAGGCGCAACCGAGCACACAGCGAAGAAAGUGAGAUUUACCGACCCCGCCUCGGGUGAUACGCGAUUCGCUGGCGACGGCACCUCGGAGGACUCACCCAAACGAAAGCAGGACGACUCAGAUGGUGGUGAGGGCAGGGCAAAGAGACAGAAAGUCGUACAUGUGCCUAUCACCCCUGAUGACUAUCAAUGGCAUGCAAGCGAUAAUCAGGCGUCGCCAGACUCUGAUGAUGAUACUGAGGAUAGUGAAUCUCCAGAUGUUCCUUACAAUAUUGAGGAUGAUUUCAUUUGGGAAUAUGAGGGGAGCUUCUUUCCUGAAAGGAACUUUCCGGGCGGAACAUAUCCUGGGAUCUCACAGAAGCCGUUGGUGAUUGGGAAGCAGAUGAUUGAGCCGGAUGUUCUCUUUGAAGAUCCUGGGGAAUUGUAUGCGAGGCUUCCGUCACUCUCUGACUUCCCGGAAGUCACCGAGCCCGAUAAGGGAAUACUGAACAAUCGCAUCGACAAGAACAUCAAAGAGCUGAAGCGCGUGAAAGUUCUGCAUGCCAAGAUCCAAUCUCAUGAGAGUGGACAGCCCCCGGACCCACCUAAGCCGUCGAUCCCAAAGUAUCACCCGCCUACCGACCUUUCGGAGCACCCAUCGUUCCAGCUGAACUCGGAGGCAGCGGCGGAUAUCGCUAAGCAAGCCGUUGCGAAAUUGCUCAUGCAUACUGGUUUUGACACUACAACGGACAAAGCGCUUUCAACGCUCACAGAUCUAUUCACCGAACAUCUUUGCAACCUGGGCAAGACGAUUGCGUUGUACACUGAACAAUUCGGAAAGCUAAAGUCUGAUGAGGAAAUUUUGGGACAUGUCUUGCAAGAGAAUGGCGUCGCUCGAGCAGGUGUCUUGCAUUCCUAUGUUCAUGAUGUCGAGCGGCACGGACCGCGGUUGCGGACGUUGCGGAAGAAAAUGGACUAUGCUUAUAAGGACGCCACUAAGCCCAAACAGAAAGGUCCAGCAGAUUAUGAUGUCGAAGCCGCGACAGACGAUUUUGUCAGCGGGAACUUCCUUGGCGGUGACCUCGACAUGCUGAACUUGAAAGAACUAGGUAUCGAGGGCGUCACCAGCAUUCCUCGCGAGCUUUGGAGGAAGAUGGUGAAGAAGCGCCGGACAUACAAGGCUAAGAUCAAACGCAAGAUAGUGCACAAAGUGGAAGAGCCUGCUGUCAAACACAAGCGACUGACCAACUUUCCCGACAUCGAGGCGUGGAAGCCAGUUGACCCUGAGAAGGUUAUUGGCCUCUUAAAGCCCUUCUAUCACGAAAGGGUCGAGAGUGGCAAGAUGGAAGAGGAUACGCCUUCGGUUCGCCUGAACGCAAAGGAAGCCGUAGCACAACAGCCCGUCGGUCCAACGGUCAAGAAAGACGACCUAAACCAACCGUACGCCAAACGCAUGGUCCUCUACGCGAAAGAAGGCCGCGCCAAACGCCCUGCACCCACAUCGCAACCCGCAGCCGUGGCCGCUGCCACUAAGAGCAGCGCCGCGCCCAUGGCAGCUGCCUCGUCCAGUGGCGCGAAGCGUAAGCGUGGGGCGGCGGAGAUGGCUGCAGCCAAAGCGGCUAAGGAAGAAGAGAAAAUACGUAAGGCGGCGCAGAAACAGGCCGAGAAGGAGGAGAAGCAAAGGUUGAAGGAGCAGGCAGCUAAGGAAAAGAAGGAAAAGCAGGCGGCUGCUAGGGCUGCGAAGAGAAAGAAAUCGUAGUCCCGUUAGUCAAAGCAAGACAAGGCAUUGCAAGGCAUAUGGCAUUUUUAUGAAGGCUCACGAGUUUUUGGGUUUGAGCGUGCAACACGAGUAGGAGCUCUUUUGGACAGACACUGUUAGAUGUAGCGUCAGCACAUCGAAUUUUUGGAUGUAAUGUAGGAACAAUAAGGAAUGCUGGAUCAUUGGUAUUGGCAAG